ACAAAAAAUUAAAUAAAUUGUAGGCAAAGAUUUUAUAGUUUAAAUAUUUGUUAGUAGGCAUAAGUAGCAGCUUUAAGGUUAUCCGUAAUAUUUUAGCCUGUCUGCUAAAGUUCACAGUCAUAAUAAUCGAAUCAGAAAACCCGAUAACCCGGUCAUUUUUUAACAUUAAUAAUAUAAUUUUACUAUCAUAAUAAGAUUUCUGUCUUAAACAGUGUUACUUCUCGCACUUGAUAAGUUCUGUUAUAAAAUAAAAGGGUAUAUAUUGGACGUAAGAAAUUGUAAUUAAGUAAUUUUAAAAAAUAGUUUUACCUAUGUGAAUAUAUAAAAGUUAUGUAAUACAAAACAGCUUGUCAAUGGAAUGGAAAUCUUGGUUAAAAAUCUGUAAAUUUAUAAUUAGCAUGUAUAUUUUUAUUUCCUACUUUAGAUCAAUAGGAAAAGACGAGUGUUUUGUUUGUGGCUGUCUAAUAAAUUUUAAAUAUAACCCCAAAAUGAGGUGCGAUAUUCCAGUUUUAUUGCGAUGUUGUUUUUGCUUUCCGCUCCGAUAUGGUUUACUUGUAUUGGCCUACAUGAAACAGAUUUUCAGUUUAUUAUUCUUCGCUUUCAUUAUUAAGGGGCUAUGCGACCUUCAGUUUAGAUUGGAAGGAUUUAGUUGUAUGGAAUAUUCCAUCUACCUUGUCGUAACGACCCUGGACAUGGCGUUCCAUGUUCUGUUUAUUAUAAGUGCACACACCAAAGACUACAGAAAAAUGAGGGUAUUCUAUAUGUACAAUAUAAUCCUACUGGGUUUCAACGUUGCUCUCAUCGGCCUGUUCACGACUAAAGUCUUCUGCACCUACGUCAUUGACUAUGUUGAGAAUAAAAACUGGUCGAUCAUAGUGCCGGCUCUACUUAUAACUGUGAUAUUAUUGUUGUCCCAAGGUUACCUGAUCCUCCUGGUGAGAAGUGAAUUCCUGAAGCUGAAAAACAACUCGCACUUUGAGUUCGUAAACAAAGCAGCGGACGAGCGAUGUACUGGCAACUUGGACUUCGAUAAAGAUAUUCUCGUAUAAAAUUACCUAUUAUAUGAAGAAUAUUGUUAAUGAAGAAAGAAAUCUCGCGUUUUAAAAUAAGCUUUCAUUUCAUGUUUACGACUUAAUUAUACAAUAAAUUGAACAUACAAAUAAAAUAAACAAUUAGCAAACUUUUCAUACAUUAAAACAUACUUACAAAACUUGUUUUUUUUUAAUAUAUCGGUUU